AAGGGGGCGCCCAACGAGUCACGACCAAUUUUUCGUUCCCUUCUUCCCUAGAGACAUCGAUUGACGACCCGCAACUGUCAAUCUCCCCGUCGCUUCAACCUCCAAAAUCAAAAAGAGAGGACUGCCUAAGCCGACGACCCGAAAGCCAAAGGACAGAGAGUUCAGUCAUGACAAAGUCAAAGGCUUCAUCUCCCGGGUCAUCGGCUUCCGCUUCGGCCACCCGCCGACAACACGCAACUGCCAGGCCGGGAAAGGCCAGGUCUUUGGCUUGUCGACAGUGUCGCGAUCGUAAAAUUCGCUGUGACGGUGCACGACCUGUUUGCGAUUCGUGUUCGAGACGCGGUCUCUGUGCUGAUCAGUGUGUCUAUCCUGAGAUUGAGCAUGAAGGCUCCAUCGCUUCGUCGCGGAGCUACAUCCGUGCUCUCCAGAGGCGAGUGCAGGAGCUCGAGGAGAAGGAGAAGCAGCUAGAAUUAGUAGCUCACGGCCACAAUGCUUUCGUCGCUACGACGCCUGCACAUGAGGAAUGGAGAAAACUAUCUACUUCGCCCAGUGUUGCGUCUGAGCGUAUAGCAAGACCUCCAAGACAUGUUGAUCAUGCUCUUCCUCCAAUUCAUACCGACUCUGGCUAUUCUUUGCCCAGCUUCUCUUCCAGAGCUGGUUCACUACCAGUAGUUCAUGAACCAGCCAGCUACUACUCGCGCCCGCAUCAUCUUAUGGGAGCUAGUCCACCAUUGACCGAUGAUCUCGAAGAUGCUGCUCCAGCCAAGCCUUCAUCUUUCGGCUCCUAUUCUUCCAACGUCAAGGCAGCUUUGAUGCUCCAGAAGAUCACCCUUCCUCCAGCAGACCUCAUGGAUGAGUUAUUAGCAGAGUAUUUCAACAUUGACUGGAUCACCAUGCCUGUUAUCCAUCGGCCAUCCUUCUACCAACGAUAUCAUCGCCUAAUCGCUGUUGCAAACUCUCGCUACCGCCGUGACAUACCCCUCGAGGAAGCCACCGAACUCGCAGCCACCUACUCUCUCCUUUUAGGAAUGCUAGCCAUUGGCCAGCUUGCCAAAACCUCGAUUACAGAAUCCGUCGAGUCGCACGCAUCUCAUGCCUUCGAAUUUCACCAGCAAGCCAAGACUCUUCUCCUCGUCGAUCUACUAUCCGUGUCAUCUCUUCCCGUUGUCCAGGCUUUGAUUGUUCAUGCUCGAUUCUUGCGGCGAGCAGGUGCGGUUCAGGAGACUUGGAUGUUGACUGGCAUGGCUCUUCGACUUGCAGAAGGUCUCAUGCUUCAUGUUGAUCUCCCGGGAAAGGCACAGGCUGAACGCGAGGAACGGAGAAGGGCGUGGUGUGCUUGUGCUCUGCUUGUCAGGAUGCAGAAUUCCCCUGGGAGCCAGACAAACCCAACAUUUGGCACAUUGCCUCAGGAAAUCGACGACGAGUAUCUUGAGGCUUUCCCUCACAACCCCGACCGAGUUCAACCUUGCGAUACCCCUUCACGACUGUCUUUCUUCAACCAAACCUUGAAACUGUACGACGAUAUUCUUCAGCCUAUUCAAGACUCUGUCAACCACGAAACGGAGUCUGUUAGAGAACCAGUCUCUAAUAUUCUAUCCGAUGCACUGAAGUUGGACUGUGAUUUGGAAGAAUGGCAUGCUGCUAUUCCUGAGCAUCUGCGCGUCAAGUUCCCCUGUACACAGCCCGAGGCAGUUUUCCGCCGCCAAGCUACUCUGUUGCGCAUGAGGUAUGUUGAUCAACUCCAUGUCGAGACGUGAGAAGCUAACAAAUUAUAGAUAUCUUGAGACCAAGGCAUUGAUCCCCCGAGUAGCGAUCAUGAAGCUUAUAAGCAGCAACGCAACACAGCCAACUUCGAUAAUGGCAAAAUCAAUGCUCGCAGGACUAUUCGAGUCGUGUUAUGCUGCAAGCGUGGAGCUGGAAGAUAUUAUGGCCCGCGAGAGGAGAUUGGUGACUUUUGAUGGUCCUCCCGAGAGUCAUUCUGCUAUUGGUAAGUCAAGACAUCUUUCUACUACGAUAUUUAUUCUAACUCUCAUCAGCCCUUAGCAUAAUUGGCAUGACUCUCUCCGUCUUAGUCCAACAUCCUCUCUUCAGAGACAUAAUCACCAACCCCGCCCCUGUAACCGAGGAAGCCACACGAUGCCUCACAACAGCCAAGCAAUACACAACUUCAACACACCCGCUCGCCGAGCGUUUUGUUCAUACUCUCGAGUCCGCCUUACAUCCUCCAUCUCGAUGUGUUUCUCCCCGCGGUGUCUUGGACCCUGCCUUGGAACCCAAAACUGUUGGGCCUGUGCUGUCGAAUUUGACAGAAGCUCCUGGGGCUGUGGAGAUGGCUCUGCUUGAGGCUUGGUAUAUGAGGAGGCAGGAUCUCGCAUCUUGCAGUAUGCCUGUUACGGAAAUUGUUUCUUUGUGGUGAUUGGUUAUAUUUACAGACAUAUGUGGGAUUGGAAAAGGAAUAGGCGUUUUUAUCUAGCUAGCGAGAUACCCCAGCAUGAAUUAAUGGAAUGACUGUUAUAUUGAGUCUCGA